AUGACGACGACAAUUUCUGAUCUUCCCAGGGAUUUGGUAGAGCAGAUUCUAUCUAGGGUUCCAUUGACAUAUCUAAGCACAAUACGAUCUACUUGUAAAACGUAGAACUAUAUAAAAAAAAAUCAGAUUCUUGGUGAAAAAGCAACAAGGAAGCAGUUUCUAGGGUUCAUGAUCAGGAUAUACGAAUACGACUACGACUACGACGAUGACUUGACUGAUCCACCAAUGAAGAAACUAAGUAUACCUAAUCAUCAUCAAGUCGAGAUAUGUGACGUCUGCAUUAACUGCGACGGCUUAUUGUUAUGCGUCAUCGAUGACCCCUUGAAGCUUUUGGUGUGGAACCCGUAUUUGGCCCAAACCAGAUUGAUUCAAACCAGAAAAAAAUUCCUCUACACAUCACAAAUGCAUGCUCUGGGAUACAACAACAGCAACAUCCGUAACCACAAAAUAUUAAAGUUUUAUAUUGACAGGAAAAAGAUUAUCAUAGGCAUUGAGUUAUACGAUUUUAGCUCAGAUUCAUGGAGGGUUCUUGAUGUGAAUCAACCGUAUUUUAUCUAUAAUACGAGCGCGUCUUUAAAAGGAAAUGCUUACUUUUGCGGUUUAACAGAGGAUUUUAAGGAUUAUUUAGUCUAUUUUGAUUUUACAACAGAGAGAUUUGGACCGAGUCUGCCACUGCCGUCUCAACCUUACGUACUUAAUUUCGAAAACGUGACUCUAUCUAGGGUUACAAAUGAGAGGCUCGCUCUAUUGUAUGACCACUACGCCGCGUAUUUCAAGAUAAAUAUUUGGACUACGACUAAGAUUGAGCCCAAUGCGGUGUUGUGGUCUAAGUUUUUGACACUGGACAUGAGACCGCACGAAAGUUUAGUACCGUAUCUUCAUAUGUUUGACUUUGAUGGUCAGAGCUUCUUCAUUGACGAGGAGAAGAAAGUCGCUGUGUUUUUAGAUAUAUGCGUAAAUAAAGAGGAGACUUGUACUCUCUUGAUGGCUUACAUCAUUGGAGAAGAUGGAUACUUCAGAUCUGUCAACAUGGGAGAAGUUCGGUAUCCUUCGUGGCAAUAUAGCGGCAAAUUUAAGUGCUCUUCUUAUGUUCCAAGUUUAGUGAAACUGCAUGUUUAG